ACUUCCUGUUUGUGCAGCAGGAGAACGAGAUGCAGCUCUGACACUACGGACACCACCACCACCACCACCACCGUCUGUGAGCACCACCGUCUGUGAGCACCACCCUGUGAGCACCACCCUGUGAGCACCACUGUCACUCCAGACGGAGGAGGAUGUGGUGAAGCUGCCCGUGAGCCGUAGAUGCAGUGACCAUGUGGAGACUGACUCUGCUGCUCUGGACGUGAGUGGAGCUGACGUGAGUGGAGCUGACGGUCGUGGCGUGAGUGGAGCUGACGGUCGUGGCGUGAGUGGAGCUGACGGUCGCGGCGUGAGUGGAGCUGACGGUCGCGGCGUGAGUGGAGCUGACGGUCGCGGCGUGAGUGGAGCUGACGGUCGCGGCGUGAGUGGAGCUGACGGUCGUGGCGUGAGUGGAGCUGACGGUCGUGGCGUGAGUGGAGCUGACGGUCGUGGCGUGAGUGGAGCUGAUGGUCGUGGCGCUGAAGCUCAGAGGCUGAGGAGGUGAAGAUGCAGCACACCACCUGCACCGAGGACCGGAUCCAGCACGCCCUGGACCGCUGCCUGGACGGGCUGAGGCAGAGUCCCACCGCCGCACAUCACUGGAACGUGCUGAUGUGUGCGGCGGGGCAGUCAAUGAAUCGCUGGAGUCUGGAGGAGUUGGUGAAACGGGAUCCUGAAAACUCGCUUAUUCUUCUGCAGCAGAUUCUCCGGAAAACUAAAGAGGUCCAGGAGCAGAGUCAGUAUGAACUGGUGGCUCCACUCGCCAUUAUGUUUUUCUCCACUUUACUUCAGACUCCGUACUGUCCCUCAGACACACACCUGCUCCUGAACGCCAUGGAGGUGUUCCGAGUGUUCCUGACGUGGCCGGAGCCGUACUGCAGCGUGUGCAAAACGCUCCUCACCGCCCUCCAGGUGGAGCUCAAGGUCCCAGGAAUCUCGUUUCAGAGACUCGUCAGAGAAGAGCAGGCCCUGAGCACGUCAAGACAUUUCUCCAAAACUGUAACCGUGCUGCUGAUGAACCCGGGCGAGGUCCCUGUGGAUUUCCUCACUGUGGCCGAGCAGCUGAGCCGCGUCCAACACUCACAGCGAGACGCCGGCAUCACCCUCAUCAAGCACGCCUUCCAGUCCGCCCUCGGCGCCACGUACCCGCUGCACCGCAUCCACGCCGCCCUGCAGGACAAAAGUGCGGCUGAAGUGCAGCAGAUCUACUCCACGGUGAGCGACCUGCUGGAGGCCGCGGCGUCUCUGAGCGACCCUCGGCAGAGUCGUGCUCAUGUGGUGCAGGGGCUGGAGACGCUCAGGGAGGACAUGAAGAUCCCAGCAUGCAACGGGAGCACGGCCGACGGAAUGCUGCAGACGUUACCUCUGCCCACAGCCAAGUGUCACAUGUUCUACUGGGAAAAAGACAACUUCGAUGUCCUCAACACUCUCCUCGACCACGACGCCGCUUUCCCCCCGUCUAACUGCGGGACGGAGGAGGACGAUGAGGUCGAGCUGGACGUGGACGAAGUGGACGUGACCGCGUUCGACUUGGACGACAAAGACGGGGAGGAGCUUUUGAAAGAGGCCGGGCAAAACGGCGCCGAGCUACCGUCGCUGAUCCACGACUGCGCCUCCAGCUACCGAGCGUCCACCUUCUCCACCAUCUCCUCGCUGUCCACCGCCUCCAAAGACUCCAUGUUCUCCACGCUGUCGAUAACGUCCGAAUCCUACGCCGCGUCGCUGCUUUCCUCGGGAGUUGACAGCGACUUUUGCGACGAUCUGGACGACUAUAUCUGCCCGUCGCCCGUCACGGAUAAGAGCUCGCUGAAAUCGGGGAACAAAACGAGGUUGUGCCAACAUUUUCAAAGGAUUUUUCGACCCAAGAGUCCGAGGUUACUGUACAGGGCCAAAAGUCUGGGAAACACCGAGUCCAAAGACCUGGUCGUCGUCCGGGAGAAGCGUUCGAACUCGCUCCCGCAGCAGGUUCAUCUGAGGAGCCUGGAGACGCAGCUGAACGCGCAGAACCAAGCGCUGAGACACGUAUGUUUUCGAAGGAGGCCCAUCCUCAGCAGCGACGAGGAGAUUAAAAACACUACGCUGAGGGUGGUGGUGUUCGGGGCCGACCACGUGGCGGGGAAAUUGGCGCGGGCCUACAGCAGCCUGCGGCGGCGAGAGAGCGCGUGCCCCCGCCUCACCCGGGCCUUCAACCUGCAGUUUUACUUUGUGCCCGUGAAGAGGGACGGCGCCGGUCGGGACGGCGGCGAAAAGGGAACGCCGCCAACGCAUGACGCGACUCUGAUGGGAACAGGGAACAGCACAAACGACAUCGCUCAUCUUCUGGGAAUGUUGGAUCCGUGGUACGAAAGAAACACGCUGAGCCUCCUCAACCUGCCGCCGAACGUCGUCUGCCAGCAAACCUCAAAGACGGAAUCUGACUCUUACGACAGCUCGUACGAACAGCGUCUGCCGAUCCUCGCCGACCUGGUGCUGUACUACUGCAGAUACGCCGCCAGAGCCACGCUCAUCCAGCUGUACCAGGCCGAGUUGACAUUUGCCGGCGGAGAGAAGAGGACUGAAGUGUUCGUCCACUCUCUGGAGCUGGGCCACACCGCAGGGACACGAGCGGUCAAAGCCAUGGGAACGGCCAGUAAACGCUUCGGCAUCGACGGCGACAGAGAAGCGGUGCCUUUGACGUUGGAUAUGGUUUAUAACAGGGUGGUCGUUAGUGGGAGGAGCCAAUGGAAACGAGAGCGUAAAGUGUGCACCUCAGUGAACUUGACCAAAGCGUGUAGAAACCCAGAGGAGCUCGACUCAAAGAUGGAGUAUCUGCAGCUCUCCAUGACCGAGGUGAUAAAGAGACAGAGCGGGAAAAGCAAAAAGGGAUUUAACCAGCAGCUCAGUCUGAACGAGGUGAAGGUGGAUAAAGUGCAGAUCACCGGGGACAACAACACGUUUGCUGUUUGUCUGGACCAGGACGAGAAGAAGAUCCUGCAGAGUGUGACCAGGUGUGAGGUGUCCGUGUGCUAUAAGACCGACAGCUCCUCGGACUGGACGCUCCGCAGACCCAGGCCGUCGCCGCAGAUCCAGCCCCUGCACCCGACCUUCUGCUCGCUCUUGUGCCUGCCCAUCGUCACCUUCAGCGGGGCGCUCCCCUGAGACGGACCUGGGAAACCGACGUGUGUUUUUAGGCAAAGGUUAAAACGCCGUCGAGUUUUUGUUUUUUUAAACGAAAUCCCUUGAAAUGUAAAGUAUGAACGAGGUCAGAUGUAAAUGUGUAAACUGUGUACAUAAACUCUAAAUGAGCUGGAAAACGUUUGCACAAGGUGUCUGUUUUCACUGACAUUAAAAUAUUUGUCUCCACGGCGCCUCCGAUGUUAAAAUGUUUUAUAAAAGAUGGAUUUAAAUUCAUCUUGAUCCUGACUGUUUUAUAUUGCAAUAUUUGUAGAUAUUAAAAGUGUUUUAUGACAC